UUAGAACACCAUCUCGGCCCAGAAAUAAAUAGCAAAAUUUGUUUGUAUAUUUUGAAAAGUUGAAACAUUUGAUACGACAUAACUGACAUUCAGGCACGAGGACACGACAAGGCCGAGAAGGGAAGGAGCAGUGCUCAGCAGUGGAGAGAUAGCAGCGAAGGAGGCACCAGCACCAACAGCAGCAGCAGCAGCAUGCGUGAGAUAGUGACACUGCAAAUUGGCGGAGCUGGCAACUCAAUUGGGGAUGCGUUCUGGCAUGUGAUCUCGCAUGAGCAUGGCGUGGACUAUGCGUCCGGACGCUUUGGCGGCACCAGUCCACUGCAGUUGGAGCGCAUCAAUGUGUUCUUCAAUGCCACGGCCAGCAAGCGGUUCUAUGCGCGCAGCAUCAUCAUCGACACGGAAGCCAGCACCAUACAGCGUCUCAAUGCCAGCAGCCAGCUCUAUCGACCGGAGAACUUUGUCGCCGGCUCGGAGAGUGCGGGCAAUAACUUUGCCCGCGGCUAUCAUACGGAUGGCGCCGAAAUACUUGACCAGGUGCUGGACAAUACGCGACGUGAGGUGGAGUCCGUUGAUUCGCUGCAAGGCUUCCAGCUGCUGCACUCCAUAGGCGGCGGCACCGGCUCCGGCCUGACAUCACUGAUCAUGGAGGCGCUCGUCGAACAGUAUCCGGACAAUUUGCUCUGCAACUACGUGACCAUACCGUCGCCCAACAUGUCGCAGGUAGUAGUGGAGCCCUACAAUGCGCUGCUCAGCAUACCCGCCCUGGUGAACAACUCCCAUUUGACCUUUUGCCUGGACAACGAGGCGCUCUUUCAGAUCUGCAAUCGCAAUCUGAAGAUACAGAUGUCCAACUAUGAGCACAUCAAUCACAUAGUCGCACUCACCAUGUCCGGCAUAACCACCUGUCUGCGGUUUCCCGGCCAGCUCAAUGCAGGUCUGCGCAAGAUCUACGUGAACAUGGUGCCGUUUCCACGGCUGCACUUCCUCAUACCAGGCUUUGCGCCACUGGUUACCUGCAAGCAGCAGCAGUUCAGCAAGGGCACCGUCUCGGAGCUGGUGCAGCAGAUCUUCUCCAGCAAUAAUCUGCUCUGUGCCAUCGACUUGCGCAAGGGCAAGCUGCUGACCGCCGCGGGCAUCUUUCGUGGCCGCAUGUCGCCGCGCGAGGUCGACCAGCUGAUGACGGGCGUGCGCAAUAAGAAUCUGCAUAACUUUGUGGACUGGAUACCGAACAACAUCAAGACGGCCAUUUGUGAUAUACCGCCGCGUGGGCUCAAGAUGUCGGCCACCUUCAUUGGCAAUACAACGGCCAUACAGUCGCUGUUCCAGCGGCUGCUCGACGGCUCGAGCAUUAUGCUGCGACGCAAGGCGCAUUUGCAUUGGUACACCGGCGAGGGCAUGGAGGAGCAGGAGUUCAUCGAGGCGCAGCAGGAGCUGCAGGCCAUAAUCGAUGACUAUCGCAGCAGUGCAGGGGAUUCGGGUGAUGGCCAAGGUGGCAGCGAAAGCGGCGACGAGGCAGCCGCCGGCCCCCAAUGCACCUACUGCGGGGAUGCAUAAUGAUAAUAAUGAUGAUCCAUCUCUCUACCUAUGGGCGCCAGUCAUUGUCAUUGUCGUUGUUCGUCUGCAAAUAAUAAAAAGUUCGCGUGUCGUUUUUGGCA